UCUUUAUCGAGUAAAAUUUAAAAAAGAAAAAAAAAGACAGAAAAUAAAAUAAAAAGUGAAAGAGCGAAAAAGAGUAAAGCACAAAGAAACAGAUUUGACACAGUUGAAAAUCUUUUGAGUUUCCGUGCUUAAAAAAUUAAACUAGUUUUAAAAGAGGGGAAAAUCAUUUGAUUUUCCUUUUUUUAAUUUGAAUUUCGCAGCAAUAACUGAGAAUCAAUCACUUUCAGUGUUUUUUUUGGGAGAAAAUUCUAUGUCGAGCGAGAGAGUUCCCGUUGAGUUAUCCAAGGGCGUUAACGGCCUUGAAAAAAUCAUCCUCCGCGAGACUCGAGGCAGCUCUGCCGAGGUGUAUUUUUAUGGAGGACACGUGACAUCUUGGAAGAAUGAGCAUGGAGAGGAGUUGCUUUUCGUCAGUAGUAAGGCAUUGUUCAAGCCUCCAAAAGCAAUUCGUGGAGGAAUUCCUAUAUGUUUUCCCCAAUUUUCAAAUCAUGGUCCUCUUGAGCCGCAUGGGUUUGCCAGAAAUAAACUUUGGAGCAUUGACACUGACCCUCCUGCUUUUCCGACAAACUCAUCCAGCAAAGCUUACAUUGAUUUGAUCCUUAAGCCUUCUGAAGAAGAUAUGAAGAUUUGGCCUCACAGUUAUGAGUUCCGCCUGAGGGUAGCUUUGGGACCUGGAGGGGAUCUAAUGUUAACAUCUCGCAUCAGGAAUACAAAUACUGAUGGAAAGCCGUUUACAUUCACAUUCGCAUAUCACACAUAUUUUUCCGUUUCCGAUAUCAGUGAAGUUCGUGUUGAAGGAUUAGAGACACUUGAUUAUCUGGAUAAUUUACUGAACAAGCAGCGGUUUACUGAACAGGGAGAUGCAAUAACAUUUGAAGCUGAAGUGGACAAGAUAUACCUCAGUACUCCGACUAAAAUUGCAAUUCUGGAUCAUGAAAAGAAGAGAACUCUUGUAUUACGCAAAGAUGGGCUCCCUGAUGCUGUGGUGUGGAAUCCCUGGGAUAAAAAGGCAAAGGCUAUGGCUGACUUUGGUGAUGAUGAAUACAAACAUAUGCUCUGUGUGGAGGCUGCUGCCAUCGAGAAACCUAUCACAUUGAAACCCGGUGAGGAAUGGAGGGGAAGGCAAGAACUUUCUGCUGUUCCUUCCAGUUACUGCAGUGGGCAACUUGAUCCUCGGAGAGUCCUCCAGGGUAGCUGAAGAUCCUUUACCGUGGUCAAUAUAUGUACAGCUAUGCUAUGGAUGAGCUAUUAUUUGUCUAUGGGCUGUCUUUGAAUUGUCUCUCAGAGCCUCUCUCUCUCAACACCAGCUUCCCCGUUUUGUAAGAAUUUCCUUAAUUCAAUUUGAGUUGGAUUAUUUUUAUCUUCUUUUCAUUUCAUUUUGGGUUAAAGGGGCUUUGUAUUAAUUACAUAUAGUGCAAAAUUAUGCCUUGUCCUAUAUGGGAUUUAUUUUCUUCACGAAUUGGACUUGGAUAAAAUAUUUUGUAAUUUGAAUUUAUAUUUGGGUUAUUGUUCAAUUAAACAAAAAAUAUUUUAUUUUAA